AUGGCUGAAAUCGAUGGCGCGAGGCUGGUAGCCCGCUGUUUGAAGCAGCAAGGCGUGGAUGAAUUGUUCGGCGUGGUCGGCAUCCCGGUCACCGGUAUUGCGGCGGCGGCGGCAAGCGAAGGCAUCCGCUACAUCGGCACGCGGCACGAACAGGCGGCGGGCUACGCGGCGCAGGCCAUUUCGUACCUCAAGGGCCGCAUCGGCGUCUGCCUGGUGGUGUCCGGCCCCGGCAUGACCAACGCCAUUUCCGCCCUCGGCAAUGCCUGGGCAAACUGCUGGCCUAUGCUGCUGAUUGGCGGCUCGUCCAAUCAGGCCCUGAACCACAUGGGCGAUUUUCAGGCCGCCCCGCAGGUGGACCUCGCCAAGCCGUUUUGCAAAUGGGUGGGUCAGGCGGAGCGCAUCGACUUGAUUCCGCGCUACAUCGCCACUGCCGUGCGCCAUUCGAUCUCUGGUCGGCCCGGCCCGGUUUACCUCGAUCUGCCGGGCGACGUGAUUGCCAGCAGCUUGGAAGAAGACGACCUGAGCUACCCGCAGAGGGUGGAAGCCCCCCCCGCCCCGCAGGUGGACCCGGCGUCCAUCAAGGCGGCCGUGGCGGCUCUGAAGUCGGCGCGCCAGCCGCUGGCCAUUAUCGGCAAGGGCGCCGCCUGGGCCGGCGCGGAGGAGCAGGUGCGGCGGUUUAUCGAAGAGACGCAAAUGCCCUUCCUGCCGUCGCCGAUGGGCAAGGGGGUCGUCCCCGACGGCCAUCCCCUCAGCGUGGCGGCAGCGCGCAGCUACGCCCUGCAGAACGCCGACCUCGUGUUCACCAUCGGCGCGCGCCUCAACUGGAUCAUGCACUUCGGCCUGCCGCCGCGCUUUCGGGAGGAUCUGCGGGUGGUGCAGCUCGACGUGGCGGCUGAAGAAAUCGGCUCCAGCGUUCCUUCCGAGGCCCCCUUGGUGGGCGAUGCCAAGGUCGUUAUGGCGCAGAUGGUGGCCGAACUCGAGGAGAGUCCCUGGCAGAUAGCCGCCGACAAUCCCUGGCGGCAGGCGCUCGACAAGGAGAAAGCGGCCAAGCAGGAGGCCACCGUGCCGAUGCUGGAGUCGGAUGAAGUGCCGAUGAACUAUUACCGGCCGCUACAGGAAAUCCAACAACUCCUGCCGCACGACGCCAUCAUCGUUACCGAGGGCGCCAGCACGAUGGAUAUCAGCCGUCAGGUGUUGGACAACUACGAGCCUCGCAAGCGCCUCGACGCGGGCACCUGGGGCACCAUGGGCGUGGGGCCGGGCUUUGCCAUCGCCGCGCAGGUGGCCAACCCGGACAAGCGUGUUAUCGCCCUCGAAGGCGACGCGGCGUUUGGCUUCGACGGUCUGGAGGUCGAGGUGGCGGUGCGCCACAAGCUGCCCAUCACCUGGAUCGUGUUCAAUAACAACGGCAUCGGCGGCGGCCCCAGCAGCCUGCCCGAGGGUGCGUCGUAUCCGCCCAACGCCUUCGUGCCCAAUGCGCGCUACGACAAGGUGAUGGAGGCGUUCGGGGGCAAGGGUUACCACGCUGAAACGCCGCAGGAAUUGCGGGCAGCGUUGCAGGCGUCAUUCGACAGCGGCGAGACGACGUUGAUCAACGUGACGAUCAACCCCGAAUCCAAGCGUCGGCCGCAGCAAUUCGCGUGGCUGACCCGGGGUUAG